UCUAUUUCUGUCCCGAGGCUCAGCUGAUUGUGGGCCUUGAAGAUUCUGACCCUCCCUGAUUUUUUUCCUCACUCAGUUGUUCAGGCUUAUUAGGAAAAGAGGGAGUUGUCCAAGAGCAGAGGAGAGGGCUCGCUGUGCGUAAAGUUUGGCACUGAGGGAUGCAGCUCUCCGGGUUGUCGAAGUGAGAACCUUUGACUUUCUUUACAACGCCUUUACAUCCCUUUGUGGAGCUGCUGUCACUUCUCUCUCUCUCCACCACUUUAAGUCUCCAGCCCCAAACUUCAGCUUGUUUUUUAAUCGGCGUCCUCCCGCUGGCUCCCGACGAGGAGGAUGGAGACGAGCCCCAUCCCGGUGGUGACGGUCCAAACCGCCCCCUUCGACGACCAGCGGCCCGGCACCAGCGGGCUGCGGCGGAAGACGGCGGUGUUCGAGGGCAAGAAGAACUACCUGCAGAACUACAUCCAGAGCCUCCUGUCCUCCAUCGACCUGCGGGACCGACAGGGCUGCACCAUGGUGGUGGGCAGCGACGGCCGAUACUUCAGCCGAGCUGCCAUCGAGGUGAUCGUGCAGAUGGCAGCUGCUAACGGGAUUGGUCGUCUGGUGAUCGGCCACAACGGCCUCCUGUCCACCCCCGCUGUUUCCUGCAUCAUCAGGAAGAUCAAGGCCAUUGGUGGGAUCAUCCUCACAGCGAGUCACAACCCCGGAGGCCCCGCUGGAGACUUUGGCAUCAAGUUCAAUGUAGCAAACGGAGGUCCGUCCCCGGAUACAGUGAUGGACAGGAUCCACCAGGUGAGUCGGACACUGGAGGAGUACGCCAUCUGCCCCGAUCUCCGCAUUGACCUCUCCAGGCUGGGGAGGCAAGAGUUUGACCUGGAGAACAAGUUCAAACCUUUCAGAGUGGAGAUUGUGGACUCAGUGGAGGUGUAUCUACAGCUGCUGAGGAACAUCUUCGACUUCACUGCCAUUAAAAGUCUCCUCACGGGACCAGAGCAGCUAAAGAUACACAUAGAUGCAAUGAAUGGAGUGAUGGGCCCCUAUGUACGUAGGAUCCUGUGUGAUGAGCUGGGGGCCCCUGCUAACUCAGCGGUGAACUGUGUCCCUCUGGAGGACUUUGGCGGCUGCCCUCCCGAGCCCAACCUGACGUACGCCACCACUCUGGUCGAUGCCAUGAAAGGAGGCGAGUUCGGCUUCGGAGCUGCGUUCGAUGCCGAUGGGGACCGGUACAUGAUCCUCGGAGAGAACGGCUUCUUUGUUAACCCAGCUGAUUCAGUGGCCAUCAUGGCUGCCAACCUCGCCGCCAUCCCCUACUUCAGACAGCAUGGCGUCAAAGGCUUUGCCAGGAGUAUGGCCACCAGCACCGCCCUUGAUAGGGUAGCCAAGGCCAUGAAACUGGCGCUUUAUGAAACUCCGACUGGCUGGAGGUACUUUGGGAACCUGAUGGAUUCUGGGCGUUGUUCCCUCUGUGGGGAGGAGAGCUUCGGGACAGGUUCAGACCACAUACGUGAGAAAGACGGUUUGUGGUCGGUGCUGGUGUGGCUCUCCAUCAUGGCGGCCAGGAAACAGGGAGUGGAGCAGAUAGUCAGAGAGCACUGGGCCAAGUUCGGACGCAACUACUUCUGCAGGUUUGACUACGAAGGCCUGGAUCCUCGUGCAGCCUUUUACUUUAUGAGGGAUCUGGAAGCAGUAAUCUCAGACAAAGCAUUCCGCAGCCAGAAGUUUGCUGUAGGAGAGCACAUAUACAGCGUGGAGAAGGCCGACAACUUCGAGUACAUCGACCCCGUGGACGGAACGGUGUCCCGAAACCAGGGUUUAAGGAUCGUCUUCACCGAUGCGUCACGCCUGGUGUUCCGGAUGAGCGGCAGCGGCGGAGGAACGGGCUCCACAGUUCGCAUUUAUGCUGAGAGCUUCGAGAGAGACGCUGAGAGACACAGCAGAGAGACACAGGUGGUGCUGGGUCCUCUCAUCGCCAUCGCCCUGAAGAUCUCCAGCAUCCACGAGCGGACGGGACGCCGCGGCCCAAACGUCAUCACAUGAGCGAGCAGGAAAACACACAUGCACAUGCACGUUCAUCCACCAGCUCACACAGACACCAAUCCCCUCAAAGCUUCUCUGUAGCUUCAGUUUUCAUUUUUUUCAUUUUUCCUUUAAUGACGACUCAACGGAGGCUGCAGGAGUUUAUCUCUGAAAAAGAAAAUGAAUGCUGCACGCUAUUAUCUCACCUGUGCAUUGACCACUAGUGGAAACCAUAGCAUGGUGUCUCAACCAGGGAGGCUAUUUAAUUAUCUCUUGGGAUUAAUAGUGAAACAUGUGUCAACAGCAAACAAGUUCUGUGCAGACUGACGAUUAAUGUUUGUGCCUCGCUUUUAUCAAAAGAGAAAUUGUCCGUAUUGUAACUCACGCUGGUUUUUGUAUAACGGUGCAGUGUUCACUUUUCAUGUUGCUUCCCUUUCCCCCCCCCCCAUAUACAUUAUGUCACAGUGUAUUUUUUUUUUUACAACCAUUUCAUGCAGAAGUAAUCAUUUUGUCAAAGCGUGAAAAUAAAAGCGACAUUGCAUCACAGCUAAUACAACAUAGUGAAGGGAAUUACAGUGUUUGAAGUAGAAGCAUAUCUCGCUGCAUGAAGACGUGGGGAGUUUUCACACUCAUGUUUACUGCCUGAGGAGCAAAUGUAAAAUAAUGGCGCCUCAGCAAGAAAAGGAAUGAAGGAGAGGAAGAAAAAUAUAUUCUAAAAUGAUUUUACUCUUUUCCUUUAAUUUGUCAGUUUAGGCCUUUGGGAAUGCCACAUAACCAUAUUUGAAUAUAUUAUUUCUUUUUCUUUUUUUUAAAAAUCCCAAUAAACUUUUUUUUUGUGUGUGUA